CUCAAAGUAGGAUAGACUCUGCGCGCUUUAGUUCAACCGGGCUAGACUGACUCAGACUUGGUUGGCUGACUCCUGAUGCCCAACAAUGCAGACCAGGCCACAAACGUUUGAAAAGUUAUCUUUGCGCACGGGGCUGGCGGCGAGGGGUCUCAGGAGCGACUGCAGCAUGGAUCAGGCCACAAAUGUUGGUUUCUCUGCAUCCCUGUGGAAAGUCAUUUGAAGAGUCAGAAGGAGACAUGAACAGCCUCGCUGCGGUGCCAGAGGAGAUCAUUUAGUCUUUCCAUGCUGGAUUUAGCAAGAGCUCUGAAUGUUUAAAUCUGGAGUAUCAGUUAAGCUUAAGUUUAUUUCAUUUCUGUGACAAUUUUACUUUCAAUAGCAUCUCCUCGGUGUUUUGUUUUGUACAACCCUUGGAUAAUCACCUACACUGCGGAGUCACUUUUGGAGACGUUGGAUCUGAAUUACGCACGGGAUUCCUCUAACCAAUGACAGCUUCUAAGUGGUUUGUUGCUCCCUCACUUCACCCCCUCAGCUCCCUUUAUCGCACCCAUCCACCGUAUCACUCCCCUCACCAGGUUAGGUAGACGCGGGGAGUGAAAGCCUCUCUGUCUCUUUCAGUGCGCCAGCGUGGGCCGAGGAUGUGGUGGGGGGGAGGUUUCCCGAUGUAUGUCACCGUGAUUGUGACUCUACUCCUGGUCAUUAUCGACGUGAAAGCCAGCGGGGAGUAUUGCCACGGCUGGCACGACUCCCAGGGCGCGUGGAAAGAAGGGUUCCAGUGCCCGGAGAAGAUCGACGGAGAGGACUCGAUCAUCUGCUGCGGGAAAUGCGAGCUGCGCUACUGCUGCUCCAGCACGGACGCACGGCUGGAUCAGGGGAGCUGCGAUAACGACCGGCAGGCUCAGGCGCCCGGGACAGAGAGCAAGGAGAACAAGGACUCCGGUGCAGUGCCCAUCUAUGUGCCGUUCCUGAUCGUGGGCUCAGUGUUUGUAGCUUUCAUCCUGGUGGGCUCUGUGGUUGCUGUGUGCUGCUGCCGCUGCCUCCGGCCCAAACAGGAACUGUCAUCAGGAGGUGCAACAGGAGGCGGGGCCGGCGGUGGUCGCCUCCUGGAAACCAUCCCUAUGAUGGCCAGUGCGGGGACCUCUAGAGGUUCAUCGUCCCGCCAGUCCAGCACUGCCACCUCGUCCAGCUCCUCCGCCCCGCCCGCCGCACCCCGCCCUGCUCCCCCUCCUCUCAUGCGGGCUCAGGCCUCCUGCUGCCUGCCCCCUGAUGCCAGCGUCUUCGUCAACAUGCCCACUAACUUCUCUGUACUCAACUGCCAGCAGGCCACACAAAUCAUGCCUCACCAGGGACAGUUUCUGCACCCGCAGUACAUCGGCUACGCCCACCCUACCCCAGCCUUCCUGGACCCCACUCAGGGAGGGUACAGGCCCCUCCAGUCCCCCUGCCCUCCUCCCACCGGUGUGUCCAGUGUCACCAGUGACCAGAAAUACCCUCCAGUGACUGUGUGAUGAGGGGCCAACCUGCAGACCACUCUGCCACUUUGUUGUGAUGUUUAACCUGUGAGGUCUGCACCAGAGACCUUUUGGGGGAAGCUGCCAGAGUGGAAAAAAGAAAGGCAGGGAGUCAGACUCACAUGAAGGACUCAUAAAGCCAUUUGGGCAGCAGGGUCUGCCCUGCUAUUGUGUGUGGUGUGUCUCUGUUUAGUGUGUCAUAUAUGGUCUCCUGGAAGGUUGGAAUGAGCUAAGCUCAGCCUAUGGUGGGGUAAGAUGGAUGCAUAAACAAUUUUCUGUCUUGAUGCAAAGACAAAACUGCAUAUUGGAGGGUUAUACAGCCCAGAUGGGUGAGAAUGCACAGCUCACUGCAGCCUGCAGCUCAAAUAAAGACUGCAUGUGUUUGUAUGUAUGUGUAUGUGAGAGUGAGAAAAAGAUUUGUUGGCUUAUAUGUGCUGGAAUGAGUGAUGACUGGAUGAUUUAUAGCAGUGAACUGUAUGAAAAGUGGAUAUUCAAGCAAAAAAAAAAAAAACUAUGACCACAUGCUGUGUUUAUGCCAUGUGCACAUCUGCACUUGUGAAUGGUUGUGAGUGGUUUAUACAAUACAGUAUAUGAUUGUUUGUGUUGAAAGUAUGAGGAAAGAAAGCAUGUGAAAAGAUGUUUGUACUGUAUGUGUGUGAGUUAGUGUGAAGUGUGAAGGGAUGUGGUUGUAUGAGUAACUGUGAGUGAACUGUGUGUAAUGGGAAAUGCAGGUGGCGUGAUGUGAAAGGCAGUCGCAAUCUCCCUGCAGAACAUUUAAACUCUAAUGAAGUGAACACAGGACAUAGACUGUGACGCUCCACCCUACUAUACAACCCCCCUCCUGCCACCCAAAAAGAAAAAAUACAAAAAAACACAACUGCCCUGAGUGGAAACACACACACAGACCCCCCCCCCAAAAAUAUCAAAUAUUCACGCAAGGCUGGCAGUUAAUGUACCUGACAAGUGUGAGUGUGUGACAGAGAAGGAGUGAGAGGCACCUCUCUGAAGAUUACAGUUAAUUAUACAGUGAAAACUCUGCCAACUGCCCCCUUCACUUCUCUCCUGUGAGAGGUGUACGUGUGCAUGUGUGUGUGUAUUGAACACUCCCACAGUUUAGUGCGUUACCUGAGGGCACGGGCAGCUCCAGGGCAGCUUUGAGUCAUUAUUUUCCACUUGAGAAAGGCACAGAAAUGACGGUCAUUGGUUGUUAAUCGGAAAAAAACCCCCAAAAACUAGCCAAACUUGCAUUUUUUCAGCUGUUCUCUGUACUGUUGCGCAGCUGGGUCACUGGUAACUCAGUAACAUGCAACUUGAGGAAUGUGCUGCUCCACUGAGCAUGAAGCCUUUAAUGUCCCUUAGUGCUGAAACCGGUGUGUUUGUGUACCUCAUCUGUACUCUGAGCACAACGUCUGUAAGAUACAGUAGGCAGCUUGUGUGUGACAAAAUAGGAGCAUCUGUAAAAUUAUGUAUGAAAAUUGGUCCAAUUUGAUGCAGGAGUGACAUUUUUCAUAUGAAUUCUAAAAAAUAAACUUUCAAACAGAAA